CCCUUUGCUUCAGUCAAACUUGGAGGGAAGUCAGAGAGGAAGAGCCAACAUCAGUGUACAGGAUGUAUUCAGAGCUUGAGUGCGGAAUUUGUUACCGGACCUACAACGCAGGUCGGCGGUGUCCCCGGGAGCUCCAGUGCAAACACAGCUUCUGUGAGAGCUGCCUGCUGGCCCUCUCACGACCCCUGGGGCCCGAUGAGGCGCGUCUGGGAGCGGACCGAUCAAUCGUCUGCCCGUUGUGCCGACACACCACGUCCAUCUCCGGAGAGGGGAAGGUGAGAGCCGAGCUGAGGGUGGAUGAGUGCGUCCUGGAGCGGCUGCUCGCUACGGGACUCCUCGACCAAGAGGAGGACGAGCCGGAGGGGGACAGCUGUGAGGACAGCGAGGGGGCGACGCGUCCCGAGACUACAGCCGAUGAGAGCGACUCGUCCGCGGGCUCCAGAGGUGGGAGGCUCCGGCUGUCCUUGAGGAAAGUUUGGCGGACGAUAAGCGGGAAGAGCUCACGACAGAGGGGCGGAGAAAACUGUGUGACCAGUGAUGACAUAAGGAACCUCGCCAUGAUGUCCUGCUACAUGUUUUAAAGAGCCCACAGUUUCAGAUACCCUGGACAAUGUGAUAUUUAUUUUCAGUGGCUCUUCCACUGUGCAUCAUGGUGAUGAUGACGACGACGACGAUGAUACCUUGCUGGCAAGACACAUGGACACAGUCAACCAUGACUUCAAUCAGCUUUUCAGCUUUGAUUGCUUGUACUAAUGAUGAGCACUCUGUAUCUGAUGCCAUUAAAUAAGAAAACAUGGAAAAGUGAACUGCCAAAGCGGCCUAAUUUAAGCCUCUUAAUGCACUAAUGUAUGUGAUAUUUAUUCUUUUCAUGGUUGUAUGUAUUUUGAUAUAUUUGUUACAUAUUUAAGGAAAAAUAAAUGAGCUUUGG